AUGCGUGAUAGCAUUGAUAGCAUUGACGCUAUUUCACUCACAUUCACUACACAUCUAACCACUCAGUCAUUAUCACCUCAACUGAUCCGCGCGUGUGUUGACAGUCAAGUGAUGGCAUAUCUCGCGGCCGGCGCUGAGUUCGAUAGCGACGAAGAGUUUGAUGACUUUUUGGACGACUCUUAUGUCCGCAGAGAAGAAGAGGUCUCCUAUAAGAAGACCGAAACACCGAAACCAAAACCAAAGCGAAAUGUAGUCUUGGAGUCCAUCUCUUGUGGCGCUAUAUUCCUCAAUGACAUCCGAAUGGCUAUUAUUAACGACAACUUUGAACUUCUCAAAGAACUGAUGGAAAGCGAGUCCAAUGUGUUUGUGGACACAAUACUGACGGCCGGAUGGACUGCAUUGAUGUACGCCUCCAAUAGUGGACACAAACUUAUGGUUCAUUAUCUGCUGGAAAGAGGAGCCGAUCCUAACUUUCAUAAAGAUAAUUGGACGCCAUUGAUGGCCGUUUGCGGUGCGAGUAAUGGUAUCCCCGAAGAAGAUCUCAUUGAAUGCGCCAAAUAUUUGCUCAAAUUUGGCGCUAAUGUGAACGCAUUGGAUAAUUACGGCAACUCUGCGCUCAUAUAUGCGGCUAAAACGGGAAAGUGUGGUCUCAUUCAGCAAUUAAUAGACAAUAAGAUUGACAUCAAUCGCCCCAAUAAUGACGGCUGGAAUGCACUGCAUUGGGCCGUAAGGGAAGGUCACGGGAAGGUUGUCGCCCGACUCCUCACCAGUGAUGACAUUGAUAUCACUUUGAAGACUAAGUCAUUACAAACUGCCGAACAAAUUGCUGAAACCCAAAGCCAUUACGAAAUAAACACUAUUUUGAAAAAUAUUCACAAAAUUGUGAACGAAAGCAGCGAUUGUUUGGAUAGUGAGACGAGUAGUGAUAAUAGAAAACUACGUGAAGAGGAUGUGAAGGUUUUAGAAGAAUAUGUCAAACCUAUUGUCGAAAUCAAGUGUCGAGAAAAGUCAAAAUCAAAGCCAAAAGCAAUGAAUCGUGAUUUAGAAGACUUCUUAAUGAACUCGGAUCUCAUGGAUCUAUUGCCACAAUUUAUUGAGAAAAACAUCGGUUAUCAGGAUUUGGUCACUAAUGCUGAAGAAGUGUUGGAUAAGAUCGGAGUCACUGAUCACGCGGUCAGACGAAGGAUUUGCGCGAAUAUUGUUUUGCUUCACAAUCAGGACUGGAAGAAGGAAUCGCUGAAAGAAAUGAAUCUUCAGACAAGCAUUACAUGUCCGGAACUGUUGUGCAUUGUCUCGAAUGUGACCAAUCAUUUGCAUCGAAUCGACCAAACGGUCACUUAUCUGAAGAAUACAGUGAAACAAAAGCCCGAUAUAUUGAAUCUGAAUACUGAACGGUCGACCAAACGGAAUGUGACCAAUGAAUUACUUCAGGCGCUGUCCAACUGCCGAAUGCUUCAUCAGGAGAUCCAAUCACUUCAAAGUGUCGUCAAUUCAAUCCAUGACAACAGCGAACCGCAAACUCCUGACGUCCUCUCCAUUCCCUUCACAUUAGAGGACGAAAUAAACAGCAAAUGCAAAGAAACGGCCAAUUAUUCCAAGCGUUUGCUGUUCAGUCUGAUAGCUGUCGGCGCUCUCACCGUCUGUGCCAAUUAA